AUGUUUGGUUGGACUCUUUGUCGUCCUCCCUCAGGCUCAUACUGUGCACAAGAACACGGUCAAUUCAUCAGAUGUUACUGUUCUUUGUCUUCACUGACCUCCUCCUUCUCCACCUCCUCCACCUCCUCUCACACCAUCUCCUCCACCUCCUCUCACACCACUUCCUCUCACACCAUCUCCUCCACCUCCUCUCACACCAUCUGCUCCACCUCCUCUCACACCACUUCCUCUCACACCAUCUCCUCCACCUCCUCUCACACCACUUCCUCUCACACUAUCUCCUCCACCUCCUCUCACACCACUUCCUCUCACACCAUCUCCUCCAUCUCCUCCACCUCCUCUCACACCACCUCCUCUCACACCAUCUCCUCCACCUCCUCUCACACCAUCUCCUCCACCUCCUCUCACACCACCUCCUCUCACACCAUCUCCUCCACCUCCUCUCACACCACCUCCUCUCACACCAUCUCCUCCAUCUCCUCCACUUCCUCUCACACCAUCUCCCCUACCUCCUCUCACACCAUCUCCUCCACCUCCUCUCACACCACUUCAUCUCACACCAUCUCCUCCAUCUCCUCCACUUCCUCUCACACCAUCUCCUCCACCUCCUCUACCUCCUCUCACACCAUCUCCUCCACCUCCUCUCACACCACCUCCUCUCACACCAUCUCCUCCAUCUCCUCCACUUCCUCUCACACCAUCUCCCCUACCUCCUCUCACACCAUCUACUCCACCUCCUCUCACACCACUUCAUCUCACACCAUCUCCUCCAUCUCCUCCACUUCCUCUCACACCAUCUCCUCCACCUCCUCUCACACCACUUCCUCUCACACCAUCUCCUCCAUCUCCUCUACCUCCUCUCACACCAUCUCCUCCACCUCCUCUCACACCACUUCCUCUCACACCAUCUCCUCCACUUCCUCUCACCCCAUCUCCUGUAAGAAAUCUUGGAGACUGUUUCCAGCCAUCUCUAACCUGGCGACUGAUGCACGGAUCAGCAGUAACGCCACGUGUGGGAGCGCGGUACCCGAGGUGUACUGCAAGCUGGUGGAACACGUCCCAGAACAACAGAUCCAGAACGCACACUGCCUCACGUGUGACGCCAAGUCCAGCAGCUCCAAAGAGAGACAUCCGAUCACUCACGCCAUCGACGGAACCAACCAGUGGUGGCAGAGUCCUAGCAUCAAGAACGGAGACCAGUUCCACUGGGUGACCAUCACACUGGACCUGAAACAGGUGUCUCAGGUCGCCUACAUCAUCAUUAAAGCAGCGAACUCGCCACGACCAGGAAACUGGAUUUUGGAACGUUCUCUAGAUGGCGUGACCUUUGAACCCUGGCAGUAUUAUGCCAUGAGUGAUGCAGAGUGUUUGUCUCGCUACAACGUGACGCCGCGACUGGGCCCGCCAACCUACAAGAGUGACACGGAGGUCAUCUGCACGUCGUAUUACUCCAGAUUGAUCCCGCUGGAACACGGGGAGAUCUACACCUCUCUGAUAAAUGGGCGCCCCGGUGCAGACGACCUGACCUCUGACCUGCUGAACUUCACAGCAGCACGUUACAUCAGACUCCGACUGCAGCAAAUCCGAACGCUGCACGGCAGCCUGAUGAGCGCGCCCGACCCCAGAGAGAACGACCCCAUUGUCACGCGGAGGUACUAUUACUCCAUCAAAGACAUCUCAGUGGGUGGGAUGUGUAUCUGCUAUGGCCAUGCCCAGAGCUGCCCGCGGGAUCCUGUUACCAAGAAGCUGCAGUGUGUCUGUGAACACAACACGUGUGGAAAAAGCUGUAACACGUGUUGUCCUGGUUACCACCAACAGCCAUGGCAACCGGGAACCGUGUCCGAGGGAAACACAUGUGAAAAGUGCAACUGCCACAACAAGGCCGACGACUGUUACUAUAACCAGACAGUCGCAGAUAUGAGGCUGAGCCUCAACAGCCACGGCGUCCGCCACGGGGGCGGAGUCUGCACUGACUGCAAACAAAACACUGCCGGCAUCAACUGUGAGACGUGCACUGAUGGAUAUUACAGACAUGCAAAGGUGUCUCCUUAUGCCGACUCUCCGUGUGUCGAGUGUGACUGCGACCUGACGGGCUCCGAGUCUGCAGUCUGCUCCAGAGACGGACCGCAGCCAGGAACAUGUGCAGGUCAGUGUGUGUGUAAACGUGGCUUUGCGGGUCGGCGCUGCGAUCGCUGUGCAUUUGGAUUCAGAGGUUUCCCUCAAUGCACCCGCUGUGAGUGUAACCUGGCAGGCAGCAUCAACAGCGACCCCUGCAGGGCCUGCGUCUGCAAGGUCAACGUGAUGGGUGCCAACUGUGAGCGGUGUAAACCUGGAUUCUACAACCUUCAGGACGCCGACCCGCUCGGCUGCACCGACUGUUUCUGCUUUGGCGUCUCUGAUGUCUGCGAGAGCUCUGAUUGGUCCGCAGCACAGGUGGUUCACGUCGAUGCUUUGCUCCGCCCCUCGCGACCUGUCUUCACACCAGUCAUUCGUGACAAUGACCUCACUCUCUCUGUCAACACAUCAUUAAGCCACGCCCACCAACACCUUCUGUCAUGGCUGGCCCCUCUCGGUUUCCUUGGCAACAAGCUCGUGUCCUUUGGAGGUUUUUUGAACUACUCUGUCCUCUAUGACGUCCCAUUGGACAAUAACGACCAUUUUCUCCCCGCCCACUCUGAUGUCAUCAUUGAGGGUAACGGGCAGGCCCUCUGUCUGUCACCUCCCGUCCUUCUGCUGCUUUCUCCGCUACUUGAGCGUUCUGUUGCCAUGGUGAUAGUUCCACAGCAUUUUGUGGACGUGGACACAGGAGAACACGUGACCCGUGAUGACCUUUUGUUCGUCCUGGCUGAUGUGACAUCUCUAAGGGUCAGAGUUCACUUGAAUGACUCUGCUGAUGGGCCGUUACGUCUCAGGACAGUGUCCCUGGAUGUGGCAGUUUCUGACUCGGCAUCUGGCAGCAGAGCGGCUGCCGUGGAAACAUGCGAGUGUCCGUGGGGUUACAGCGGUACUUCCUGUGAGGACUGUCUGCCAGGUUUCUACAGAGUGGGCGGAGUUUUGUUCGGAGGAAACUGUAUGCAGUGCGAAUGUAAUGGCCACGCCCAUAAGUGUGACAUCAGCGGAGAGUGUGUGGGUUGUACCCACAAUACCACGGGGCCCCACUGUGAGCAGUGUCUUCCUGGUUACUAUGGCAACGCCACAGAAGGGAGAGCGGACAGCUGUCAGCGGUGCGCGUGUCCUCUGACGUCCCCCUCCAACAGCUUCAGUCCGACCUGCAUGUUGGAGGAUUCUGGGAAGGUGUCAUGUGACCAGUGUCAGGAGGGCUACACCGGGUCCACCUGUGACAGGUGUGCCAGUGGAUUCUAUGGCAAGCCAAAGGUUGUGGGUGGGGCCUGCAGGCGCUGUGACUGCAGCGGAAACGUAAACGUCAGCGAGGGGGGGCAUUGUGACACCUUCACCGGGGAGUGUCUCCGUUGCCUCAGCAACACCGCCGGGCGUCACUGUGAGGUGUGUCAGCCUGGUUACUAUGGCGACGCUGUGCAUGCCAAGAACUGUGGUGAGUGCGGCUGUGAUGUCAACGGCGCCCUCUCCAGUGUGUGUGAUGUCACAACAGGUCAGUGUGCGUGCAGAGACAACGUGACGGGACGCACGUGUGAUCGCUGUCAGUUUGGAUUCUUCGAGUUGAAGAGUGGGCGGGGCUGUCAACCUUGUGGCUGCAACCAAUCAGGUUCCCUGUCUGAGUCAUGUGAUGAGGAGGGGCAGUGUCAGUGUGUGAAGGGCGUGGCCGGGACAAAAUGUGACCGAUGUAGCCACGGUUUUUACCAUUUCCAUGGCGGCGGGUGCAGAGGUAGAUAAACAGUAAUGCGCUGUGCUAACACCAGCGGGAACUGCAACCCAGAGACUGGCGAGUGUGUCUGUCCCGCCCACACAGAGGGCGACGCAUGAAGGUGUAAGACGGGUUACUGUCAUGACCUCAUGUCUGGAUGCAAGCUGUGCAAUUGUAGUGUGAUGGGAAGCUCUGCCCUCCAGUGUGACAUCACCAAUGGCCAGUGCGUUUGUCAAGAGCGGUUCUCUGGCCGGACGUGUGACCAGUGUGCCCCGGGACACCACGGUUACCCGACUUGCACGCCAUGUGGCUGUGAUGUGGCGGGAACACAGGACACAUUCUGCAAUGCCACGCUCGGAGUGUGUGACUGUCGGUCCGCGGGACAGUGUGUGUGCAAAGUGGGUGUGUCCGGGCAGCGCUGCGAGGAGUGUAUUUCAGGCUGGUUCGGUCUGUCUGUUCAGAAUCCACACGGCUGCUCCGAGUGUUUCUGUUCUGGACUGAGCCGAGACUGUGAGGAGCUCGGAGGACUCGUUAGAGUGCCGAUCACUUUGGCUCGUUCUUCCCGUGUUUUGCCGUUGGUCAGUCAGUCCAACCUUCAGGGUGUAGUACACGGAGUUUACAAACAGGGCGGUGACAUGCUGCUCCACACCAGCCAGCUCAACUCCAGUGGGCUGGCUGGACCACUGUACUGGAGACUACCAAGACAGUUUGAAGGCAACCAGCUGCUGUCCUACGGUGGCCUUCUGUCAUAUGUCGUCACCUUCUACGCAGAGGAUGGCUCAGGGCUGUCCAAUCAGGAGCCUCAGAUCCUUCUGAGGGGUGGAACACUGAGGAAGCUGGUGAUCUACACCGACAUGGACGCGCCAAACAAUGGCGUUAGCAAACAACACACCAUCAGCUUGACUGAGCACAAAUGGAUGUACUUUAACUCGGUGUCGGAGAAGGCGGUGACACACGCCGACUUCAUGUCGGUCCUCGGCAACGUGCAGUACAUCCUCAUCAAGGCGUCAUACGGGACGAAUCUGCAGCAAAGCCGGAUUUCCAACAUCACCAUGGAAACGGCCUUGGAGGCAGAGGAGGUGGAAGGAUCAGGUGUUGGAAGGGGCGUGGCCAGGCUGAUCGAGUCCUGCGUCUGUCCGUCAGGAUACUCUGGAUUGUCGUGUCAGGAGUGUGCUCCUGGGAAUUUUCGACAGCCCCUGUCUGAGCUGACCUUCCAGGAUCAAAGGUCACAUUUUGUGCGUCCAUGUGUUCCCUGUCGAUGUAAUAACCACAGCCAGAGCUGUGAUAUUGAGACCGGAGAGUGUCAGCGGUGUCAACAUCACACCAGUGGGUGGAGCUGUGAGCUGUGUGCCCCAGGUUACUAUGGGAACGUUAGCGGAUCAAUCAAUGAUUGUUCAUUGUGUGCCUGCCCCCUAAAGGACAACAGUUUCAGUCCCACCUGCGUGUCUGAUGAUGCACCUGAUUUCCGCUGCACUUCCUGCCAGCUGGGAUACGAAGGUCGUCACUGUGAGAGGUGCUCUAAAGGCUACUAUGGUAACCCCGCUUCACCAGGCGGGGCUUGUGUCCCAUGUAGCUGCAGUGGGUGGGGCUCCGUUCAGCUGUCAUGUGACUCACUGAGUGGACAGUGUGAAUGUAAGGGUGGGGUCAAAGGUCAGCUGUGUGACCAGUGUGAAGAGCGGCACGUCCUGGAAGGAGGAGAAUUGCUUCAGAGGGAAGAAGGACACAUGAGUUCGUCCACAGAGGAGGUGCUGGACCCCAUCAAUAAGACACACCUCCUGCAGGACGCUGUGUCCAUGGUGGACAUCCUCAGAGCUGUCAAUUUAUCUGCUGCCACUGCAUCAGCCAAUCAGGAGCUCAGAUUUGCUCAGUCUGUCCUGUGUUCUGUGCAGUUGGACUUCUCGUCCAUCUGGGCAGCAGUCAGGAACAGGCUCCUCCCUCUGUCUGGCUCCCUGGCUGCUCAUGUGACCAUGCUGCAGCACGCACACACACACUUGAGAGAAGCUGCACACACAAACACAGAAAUGCACAGUCUGCUGGACGCCACACACACUGUGUUCCACUGUUACCAGAGGGAUCUGAAAGACGAGACCCUUGUUAAGUUUUUGGAAAAGUGGCUACCGGAGAUAUUUGGCUGUGAAAUCUACGCUACUCCCAUGAUCAUCGAGAGAGCCCACAGGAUUGGCCCGAAGCGAGACAACAACGAGGCGCCUCGUGUUUUGAUCAUGAAAUUCCUCAACUACAGGGAUAAUUCCGCCUGCGGUAACCUGAGUGUUGCAUCUCUGGAAGACGUGAUGGAGGACAGUCAGCAGCUGCUGGAUGAGACAGUCGGCAUGAACAAAGACAUAACAAACAUCACUGCACAGGGGGAGAUGUUAGUCAGUGAGUUGGAUCAAUGGCGCCCUCUGCUGAGGAAAAGAGUGGACAGUCUGGUUGUUGGGCUGAAGAUGACAGAUGCUUUAAAGAUUGUUUACCAGGCAGAGAACCACGCCCACUUGUUGCAGAACCACAAAACGUCAAUGUCCAGGUCUCUAUCCUCAGUCUGUAACAGAUCUGAACACCAGCUGGUUCUCCUCAACAGUGACAUCACACAACAGGUCGACUCCGCCCACCAGGUUUCCUCAGUCGCACAAAUGGCCGCCUCCAUGGCUCUCAACAUGACAGUCCAGUCAGAACAGUUGCUGUCAGUGGUGGGCGUCGCCAAGCUGACUGGCAGCUCUGCUAUUUUGAAACAAAGUCAACAAAUCGACAGGAUGGCUGAAGACCUGCGGCUGAGCGUUUCCACGGUAACGUCCAGGCUGGGCUUGGCCAAUCAGAAAUCCUUUAAUGUCAGCUUCCUUUUUCAGCGAUCAGUCACGGAGUUGCAGAGCCUCGCUAAAGGUUCGUCUCUGAUGCUGAAGCAGGUUCACCAGCAGGCGGCAGUGGCGCACUCUCACGUACAGGAGGCGCUGCAGCAGCUGCAGAAACUCAAAGAACAGCUGCACAAUUCUUCUUCUAUGGUAGAAAACGCCACGAAAGGAGUGAGAGAGACCAACCAGCUGGUGGCGCACACGCACACGGCGGCCAAUGAGGCGCAGCAUACGCUGGAGGAGGCGGAGAAUCGUACGGCACGUCUGAUGGACGGGAUCAAGCCGCUGAGCAUUCUGGGAGAAACACUGAGCCGAAACCUGUCUGACAUCAGAGAACUGAUCCAACAGGCCCGGAGACAGGCUGCCUCGAUCAAGGUCGCGGUGCAGGCGGGCCGAGAUUGCAUUCGAUCCUACAGACCAGAACUUCAGGCCACAAACUUCAACACUUUGACGCUGACGCUGAAAACCUCGAGUCCCGAAAACCUGCUCUUCUUCCUCGGCAGCAGGACCACGGUGGAUUUUCUAGCAGUGGAGAUGCAUCAUGGGAAGGUUUCUCUGUUGUGGGAUUUGGGCUCUGGCAGCACCAGGCUGGACUACCCUGACCUGGACAUCACCAACAACAGAUGGACCCACAUCAACGUCACACGGUUCGGUGCCCGCGGCUUUCUGCUGGUCCAUCAGCUGGAGUCACACUCAGCCCUCUUGCCCACAGUAACUGCAACAUCCCCGGGACCAGCGCGGGUUUUAGACGUCGACAACACGACAAUGAUCCAGAUCGGAGGACUGGGAUCACACAUGGCGCGCCCUGCAGCCUUACGGGCGUCCACCUUCCACGGCUGUUUGGGCGAAGUGUCGCUGAAUGAGAGAAACAUCGGCCUGUGGAACUAUGACAGCAGAGAGGGGAAGUGUGGUGGCUGCUUCAGCAGUCCACAGGCAGAGGACACGUCCUUCCACUUUGAUGGUUCUGGUUUCACGUUGGUCCAAAAGUCUCUCAGAGCCACAUCAACAUCUGUCGUCAUGCUGUUUAAAACUCUGUCGCCGGGCGGAUUACUGCUGUACCUCACCUCCAACAACACGAGGGACUUCCUGUCCAUUGAACUGGUAGAAGGACAUAUCCGUCUGACCUUUGACCUGGGCUCAGGCUCUCUCACCUUGAACUCCAGUAGAAAGUACAACACCGGUGUCUGGUACAAGAUCACCCUCCAGAGAAAUAAGCGCAAAGGUUACCUCUCCAUCAUGGCUGCAAACCAAUCAUCAGAGAAAGAGGUGUUGGAGGCGGAAUCUCCUGGAAAAGCUUCGGAUCUGAACCGCUCCGACCUCGACCCCAUCUACAUUGGAGGAGUUCCCGCCUCCCAACCAAUCAGGCGACAAGUCGUCUUCAGGUCAUACGUGGGCUGCAUAAAAAAUGUGGAAAUUUCGCGGUCGAACUUUGACCUGCUGCGGGAUGCGUAUGGCGUCAGAAAGGGCUGCGUGCUGGAAGCUGUGCGCCGCAUGUCCUUGUUGCAGAGCGGCUUCGUCCAACUCGCGCCACUGGUACUUCACCAGGAGGCGGAGCUUCUCUUCUCCUUUGCCUCCAGUAACCAAUCAGGGAUCCUGCUGGUUGGUUUCAGUGACGGCCACAAACCGCGACAGGCGCCACAGCACUUUCUCUCUGUGCACAUGGUGGCAGGAUCCUUGGAGGCGGAGCUUGGUGAAAUAGGCGGGGAUUCUUGGCGGGUUGCGGUAAAGAAACCCAACGGUGGAAUCCUUGCUCAUGGGACAAAGCAUUCAGUGAUCACAACCAUCAGUAUGAAGUCUCUCUCUCUCCAGGUGGACGAGGACCACAUAGAAUCUGUCUCUCUACCAGCAGACAGAUUUUCCCGUCUGUCCCUGUCCUCCUUUUUCAUUGGUGGGCUGCCAUCAGAAGAGCAGUCCCAUCUACCAAUCAGAUUACAGAAGGUCUCCAGGUCCUUCAGAGGCUGCAUCCAGAACCUAGCUGUGAGCGGCGUAUUGAUUGACCUAUCAGGUGCUGUUCGGUAUGAAGGGGUGGAGCUCGAUAGGUGUCUGUUAGAGGAGAAGGACACAGGGGCGGUGCUUCCUGAUGACCAGGAUAUAGACCCAACUCCUGACCCUGCCCAUAUGCUGAUAGCCCCGCCCACCCUGCUCAGCUCCCUAAAAGCAUGCACGUCAGACACAGAGCCAAGCUUCCUGCCAUCGGCUGCUCAGUUUGGUUUGUCCAAACACAGUCACAUGACCUUCAGCAUCAACCCCAGCAAAGUACGCAAAAGUGUGUCUCUCAGGUUGUCAGUCCGCAGCCAAGCUCAGGACGGUGUCCUCAUCCUCCUGUCUCACUCUAAGCACAUGGACUACGCCGUCCUGUGGAUGGAGGCGGGACAAGUCAGGCUCUCAGCUGAUUUGGGGAAAGGCCCCACCUCUGUGACAUCAUCUGUUGUUCUGAAUGACGGACAGUGGCACACAAUGAGUGCUGAGGUGAGCCGGCGAGCCAUGUCUCUGUCAGUUGAUGGUUCAAUUCCCAAACUGGAAUCAGUUAAAGGAAAACAGCUUGAUGUGGACAGCAGGAUUUAUGUGGGCGGAAUCCCAGACAAACACCACACCCGCAAGAUGAAGGUCAGCAGCAGUUUUCCGGGUUGUGUCGACUCCUUCAGUCUGAACGGUGCCAUGUUGGAUUUCACAAAGCCAUACUCACAGCAUAAUGUCACUUCCUGUUUUACCAAUGACCAGACAGGAAGUUACUUCAGUGGCCGUGGGUUUGCCGCCCUGAUGCGCGACGGCUACAGGGUGGGCGCUGACAUGUCAGCGUCUCUGGAGUUUCAGACCACCCAUUCAGAAGGCGCCCUACUGGGGAUCAGCUCUGCUAAGAUUGAUGCAAUUGGACUGGAGAUUAUUAAUGGACAGGUGGUCUUUAAUGUCAACAAUGGGGCGGGGCAAGUGUCAGUGCGCUCCACCGGUCCAAUGUUGUGUGACGGAAAGUGGCACCACCUGCUGGUGAGGAAGACCAAACACACCCUGACCCUGACUGUUGACGGGCGGAGCUACGCCACUCAAAACCCCUACCCACAAUCCACCUCUGCAGAGACAAAGGACCCUGUCUAUGUAGGAGGAUACCCGGACGCAGUGAAGCAGAACUGUCUGUCGGUCAGCACCAGGUUCCGAGGAUGUCUGAAGAACAUCAAACUGGUCAAAGGUCACCUUCACCACACGCUGGACCUAAGCUCCGCCCACCACCUUUCUGGAGUCAUUCCAAAUUCCUGUCCUGCUGCCUAGCAACAGCCAGCCUGCCUCUCAAAGCAAUAUUGAUCAUGCAAUCAAUUAGACAAUGUUCAUGUUAGCAAGCAAAAGAUGAAAGUUUUUAUUUUAUUUCAGGAUUUAAUGAGAAAUUAUUUUUUUUUUUAAAGCAGAUUUACUGAAAUUAGACAAAAACAUGAAGCUGAUUUUUUUUUUUUUUUUUUUAUGUUGUUGGAAUUCAAGUCAGUGAAGAAUCUUUGUUUGUUUUGGAUCUAAAAGUGUUAUAAUAAACAUCAUGCUAAGCUCGGUUUCCUUCACUUCUUGGGGUCCGGUGUCUCGACGAGAUGCCAUCCCCGUCCAGAGGCCCGUCACCGCGCAACUACACACAUGCAGUCCUCUCUACUCGGACUUUAACACCUCCCCCAUCCAGUUUACAUGCCUCUCUUUACUGCGCAUGCGCAUUAACGCAUUUCUUUCUGCACAAAAAUAAUCUCCAGGUUAAGAAUGCUUAUCUUUUAAUUGUGAGUACAUUUUACACAUUACUGUGUU